AAAACUAAAAUCUUGAAAUCGGCAAAAAUCUUGAAUUCAGGAUUUUGGAAACGUAAAAUCUUGAAAUUGUCCGAAAUCUUGUAUUCAGGAUUUUGGAAAGCAAAGAUGUUGAAAUCGGUCGAAAUCUUGAAUUCAGGAUUUUGGAAAACUAAAACCUUGAAAUCGGCCAAAAUCUGGAAUUCAGGAUUUUGGAAAGCUAAAAUGUUGAAAUCCGCCCAAAAUCUUGAAUUCAGGAUUUUGGAAAUCUAAAAGCUUGAAAUCCGUCAAAAUCUUUAAUUUAGGAUUUUGGAAAGCUAAAAUCUUGAAAUAGGCCAAAAUGUUGAAUUCAGGAUUUUUGUAAACUGAAAUCUUGAUAUCAAUUUAAAUCUUGAAUUAAGGAUUUUGGAAAGCUAAAAUCUUGAAUUCAGGAUUUUGGAGGCUAAAAUCUUGAAAUCGGCCAAAAUCUUGAUUUCAGGAUUUUGGAAAGCUAAAAUCUUCACAUGAGCCAAAAUUUUGAAUUCAGAAAGGUUGAUAGCUGAAAUCUUAAAAUCGGCCAAAAUCUUGAAUUCAGGAUUUUGGAAUGCUAAAAUCUUGAAAUCGGCCAAAAUAUUGAUUUCAGGGUUUUGAAAAGCUAAAAUCUUGAAUUCUGGAUUUUGGAAAGCUAAAAUCUUGAAAUAGGGCAAAAUCUAGAAUUCAGGAUUUUCGAAAGCUAAAAUCUUAAAAUCGGCCAAAAUCUUGAAUUCAGAUAUUCUAGAUAGCUAAAAUCUUAAAAUCGGCCAAAAUCUUGAAUUUAGGAUUUUGGAAUGCUAAAAUCUUGAAAUAGGGCAGAAUCUAGAAUUCAGGAUUUUCGAAAGCUAAAAUCUUGAAAUCGGCCAAAAUCUUGAAUUCAGGAUUUUGGAAAGCUGAAAUCUUUAAAGCGACCAAAAUCUUGAAUUCAGCCUUUGAAAGCUAAAAUUUUGAAAUUGGCCUAAAUCUUGAAUGCAGGAUUUUUUUUUAUUUGACCUGUGGCAGUUAUUGCGAUACAGCUACAGAUUACGAGUUACACGAGAACAUUAAUACGCUUGGAUAAAUUAACACUCUCUAUUCUUUACAAGUAUGCCUCCACGAAGUAAGCGUCCGAGACGUUCUGGUCCUUCUGCCUCUACAGUAAACAGCAUGGCAACCAGUACCGCUAGCACGUGGAGCAGCUUGUUGAAUUGACGAUUUUUGAAAACUAAAAUCUUGAAUUGAGGAUUUUGGAAAACUAACAUCUUAAAAUCUGACAAAAUCUUGAAUUCUGGAUCUUGGAAAGCUAAAAUCUUUAAAUCGGCCAAAUUCUUGAAUUUAGGAUUUUGGAAAGCUAAAAUCUUGAAAUCGGCCAGAAUCGUGAACUUAGGAUUUUAG